GGAAUUCUUUUGUGAACUCUCUGCUGUACUCGGUCUGCAUUCCGCUCCAUUAUUUACCUUCAGUAGCCGACCGUGCUUUUUUUACCUUUUAUAACUCUCCAAAACUACAAUAUUGACCCAACUUGAUUAUUCGGAUAAAUUAAGUUGAACUGCUCACAAUGCCUAUCACAACAUUUUCAUUCGACGAGAAAUAUAGAUAUCAAAAUGGCUUUGGGUCUUAUCAUGAGACCGAGGCGAUUUCGGGCGCUCUGCCAAUAGGCCAGAAUUCUCCCCAAAAACCCCCCUACGGUUUGUAUGCCGAAAAGCUAUCAGGGACUGCCUUCACGGCACCGCGGCAUGAGAAUCAACAAUCGUGGCUCUAUCGAAUACUUCCGUCGUGUGCACAUCCCCCCUUUGCUCCUGCAACCGAUAGCUCCUUCAAGUCAGACAAGCUCGCAGAAUCGGCGAAACUGGAGUAUAUACCAAAUCAACUACGAUGGGAUCCCUUCGACCACGAUGAACAGACAGAUUUCGUAUCCGGUCUACGUUUGGUGGCUGGGGCCGGCGACGCGACACUGAAACAAGGCAUCGGCAUGUACAUAUAUGCAGCCGGGAAAUCGAUGGACGAGAAGUCUGCUUUCUACUCAGCAGAUGGCGACCUCUUAAUCGUAGCUCAGGACGGGGUACUAGACAUUAGGACAGAGCUAGGUUGGCUUCUAGUCAGGCCGAUGGAGAUAUGCGUCAUUCCAAGAGGAGUUAAGUACCAAGUCCAUCUCCCCUCCGGUCCAGUCCGUGGAUAUGCCCUCGAGCUUUACCAGGGUCAUUUUACUCUUCCAGAGUUGGGCCCAAUUGGAUCAAACUGCCUUGCCAACGCCCGCGACUUUCAGGCUCCCGUCGCUAGCUUUAGCGAGGACUUUGGCGCUACAGCUUCUGACGGCCCUAGCACCUACGCGAUUACGGUCAAGUUCAACAACUCGCUCUUCCAGACCAAACAAGCCCACACGCCCUUCGAUGUUGUAGCUUGGCACGGCACUUAUUACCCGUACAAAUACGACCUAGGUCGUUUCAACACCAUCGGGAGUAUUUCGUACGACCACCCUGACCCCUCAAUCUUCACCGUGCUUUCGGCGCUCUCAGACCAACCCGGCACCGCCGUCGCCGACUUUGUCAUCUUUCCUCCCCGCUGGCUGGUCGCUGAGAACACAUUCAGGCCGCCGUGGUACCACCGCAAUACUAUGUCAGAGUUCAUGGGCCUCAUCGCGGGCGAGUAUGACGCGAAGAAGGGAGGCCAGGGUGGUUUUAUGCCCGGCGGUGCCAGCUUACAUAAUGUCAUGAGUGGACAUGGCCCGGACGCAAAGAGUUUCGAGGGGGCUAGUAACGCUGAGCUUAAGCCAGCAUUGGUCGGGAAAGGUAGUUGUGCCUUUAUGUUCGAGAGCUCUUUAAUGGUUGGCGUAACAGAAUGGGGCCUCAAGAUGUGCAAGAAGGUGCAGGAAGGCUACAACGAAGAAAGCUGGGGCGGCGUUCAAGUCCAUUGGAAGAAGCCUGAGGGUGCGAGCGCCAAUAGCCAUCUACUGAACUGAGAUAAUUGUCGAUUAAU